AUGAAAAUGAAGGAUAAUCCUUCCAAAUCCGUCCAGAAAAGUGACGACAACAAUGAGUCCCCGAGCAGUCCACGUCAUCGCAAGGUUUCUGCAAGAUGGGUCCCGGAUGAAGGAUGCAAGCCCCUUAUCGAUGAAGCUCCCGUUUUUUAUCCAACCGAGGAGGAGUUCCAAGACACGCUCGGUUAUAUAGCGACCAUUCGCCCGAAAGCCGAAGCCUAUGGUAUCUGUAAAAUCGUGCCUCCCGAGUCUUGGAAGCCGCCUUGCCCUUUAAAAGAGAAGAAUUUUUGGGAAAAUCAGAAAUUUUCGACUCGAAUCCAGCAAGUGGACCUCCUUCAGAACCGGGAGCCCAUGCGGAAAAAAACACAGAAAAAGAGAAAAAGAAGAAAGCAGUUCAACACAAGGCCCAGGAGGCGGGCCCGCCGGGAGAGCUCGGAAUCUAAUUGCGAGGAUAAGUUUGGUUUCCAGUCGGGAUCGGAUUUUACUCUCGGGGAGUUCGAGAGAUAUGCAGACGAGUUUAAGGAAUCAUAUUUCGAGGGGAUGGAAAAAAACGGUGAUAAUGUUAAGAAGUCGAGGCCUUCGGUCGAUGAAAUCGAAGGCGAGUAUUGGCGGAUUAUCGAGCAGCCUACAGAUGAAGUUGAGGUCUACUAUGGGGCUGAUUUGGAAACCGGGAUGCUCGGGAGUGGAUUUCUUAAAGGUUCGGAUUUGUCGGGGGACUCUAAGAUAGAUCAGUACAUUAAAUCCGGCUGGAAUUUGAAUAAUUUGCCACGUCUUCCCGGUUCUGUAUUGAAUUUCGAAGAGUGCAACAUCUCGGGGGUUGUUGUACCGUGGCUUUAUAUAGGAAUGUGCUUCUCGUCGUUUUGCUGGCAUGUCGAGGACCACCAUCUCUACUCACUGAACUAUUUGCACUGGGGGGACUCGAAAAUUUGGUACGGCGUGCCUGGAAGCUGUGCCAGCUCAUUAGAGAAUGCCAUGAAGAAGCACGUGCCUGAUCUAUUCGAAGAAAAUCCCGAUUUACUGAACGAAUUGGUUACGCAGUUGUCACCUUCAGUUCUGAAACUAGAAAAUGUGCCGGUUUUUAGAGCUGUCCAGAAUUCGGGGGAGUUUGUUCUCACCUUCCCUAGGGCUUACCACGCGGGAUUCAACUGCGGCUUUAACUGUGCCGAGGCUGUAAAUGUGGCACCUGUUGAUUGGCUACAGCAUGGACAAAGCGCCGUCGAGUUGUACAGCUCACAACGUCGCAAAACAUCAAUAUCACACGAUAAGUUGCUUUUAGCUACGGCCCGGAAAGCCAUCCGAGCCAUUUGGCAAGUUUCGGUUCUCAAGAAAGAGACUCGUGAGAAUCUGACGUGGAAAAGCUUCUGUGGGAAAAAUGGGAUGCUCACUCAAGCAAUCAGGACGAGGAUUGAUUUGGAGGAGAAAAGAAUGGAGCGGGUUAAAGGGAUUCAGCUCAAAAAGAUGGAGAAAGAUUUCGAUUUGAAUUCUGAACGAGAAUGCUUUUCUUGCUUUUACGAUUUGCAUCUAUUUUCCGUGAGCUGCUCCAAUUGCUCGUCAAACAAGUUUGCGUGUCUAAAGCAUUCGAGCCGUAUUUCUUGUUGUGAUCAAGAGGAUAAGGUAAUCCUCGUUAGGCACACAAUAGACGAGUUGAACACAUUGGUGAAGGCCUUGGAAGGGUGCACUGAUUCACUCAAGAUAUGGGCUUCGAAAGAUGAGAAAGAUGAUGAUAAGGCCUCUUUGGGUUCGAGUAGCAAAUUGUUCGGGUUCGAUCUUUUACCGAACAUAUCUCUGAAAAAUGAAUACUUAGAGGAUUCGGAGGAAGAUAAAGUCUUGAAAGUCGAUUCAGGUUUUGAGCAGAGAUGUGUGGUGGAGCCCGUUAGUUUCGGUUCGGUUGUUCAUGGGAAACUUUGGUGUAACAAGGAUGCAAUAUUUCCUAAAGGAUACAAAAGCCGCGUGAAGUUCUUCAACAUUUGUGACCCAUUGGUUAAGACUCAUUACACAUCGGAAAUCAUGGAUGGUGGGCUCUUAGGUCCUUUGUUCAAGGUUACUUUGGAAGAGCAACCAAACGAGACCUUUGUGUACGGCUCGGCAGGCCAAUGCUGGGAAAUGGUGCUACUGAGACUUAAUCAAGAAAUAGCGAAACAGAAACUGUUCGGCAAGCAAGGAUUGCCUCCUCUGCUGCCCUCGACUAGCAUCAACGGGCUCGAAAUGUUUGGUUUUCAUUCUCUGCCAAUUAUUCAGGCAAUCGAGGCACUCGACCCACAUCACAAGUGCUCCGAAUAUUGGGAAAACAAGCUUCUAAACAAGAAGGUUUCGUCAAGUUCGGGCAAUAAUAAUAUACCAUCCAAUCAAAAGAGUUCUUGUGAGACGAGGUCGGAUGAAGGGGAAAUAACAGAUAGUUUUGAAGGAAAUUCAUUAACCGAGGAUGAAAUAAGGUUUGCGUUGAGAAGUCUCAUGAGCAAAGCUAAUUGUGAGGAGAAGGAAAUAAUGCACACGAUACUGUGCAGAGGGUCGAAGAGUCCCUUGUGGAGGGUAGCAGUUGAGACGGUUACAGAAGAAAUUAAACAAACACAGAAAUGA